GCAUCCGCCACCGUGACAGGGCGCGCAGUGCCUGUCACACUUUGUCUUGCGGGUCACUCGGCGUCACGGCGCAGGGCGGUCGUGUGACGGGACGUGCUGACUCCUGGACGGAUUUGAUCAGACUCUGACCCAAGGGUUGCCUUGCUCUGACCUCGUCGGACCCGUCACUCGCCCUCCGCCGGGCCAACCGCAGGCCCCCUUCUACUCGUCCUCGCCGACAUGCACGAAGGCCGCAAGAUCAACGUCGGUGUGCUCGGCGCAACUGGCACCGUCGGCCAGCGCUUCAUUGCGCUCCUCUCCGAGCACCCGUUCUUCGUCCUCCAUGCGCUGGGCGCAUCCCAGCGAUCCGCGGGCAAGCCGUACGCACGCGCGGUCACCUGGAAGCAGACCAAAUACAUUCCGGCCAUCGUGAGGGAGACGAUCGUCCAGGAGUGCAAGCCGGAGUGCUUCAGCGGGUGCGAGAUCGUGUUUUCAGGCUUAGACGCUGAUGUUGCUGGUCCGAUCGAGGAGGCGUUCCGUCGCGCAGAGUUCGCCGUCUUCUCGAACGCGAAGAACCACAGACGGGACCCCAAUGUGCCUCUCAUCGUACCUCUCGUCAAUGCCAACCACUUCUCCAUGAUCCAGCAACAGCGCGCGCUGCACAAUCCACCCUUACACAAAGGCUUCAUUGUCACCAACGCAAACUGCUCAACGACGGGCGUAGUGAUCCCCCUCGCUGCCCUCGAAAAAGCUUUCGGCCCGCUCGAAUCAUGCAUGAUCACAACCAUGCAGGCGAUCUCCGGCGCAGGUUACCCCGGCGUGCCCAGCCUCGACAUCAUCGACAACGUCGUGCCCUACAUCGGCGGCGAGGAGGAGAAGAUGGAGUGGGAGACGCUCAAAAUCCUCGGCGGGAUCGCGGAGGGCGAGGACGGCCGUAAAAUGUUCGACAUGCACGCGCGGCAGCCUCUGCGCGUGUCGGCGCAGUGCAACCGCGUCCCCGUCAUCGAGGGCCACACGGAGUGCGUCUCCGUGCGCUUCGCGCGGAGACCGCCGCCGAGCCCGCAGCAAGUGCGCGAGGCCCUGCAGGCCUACACGUCCGACGCGUGGACGAUGUCGUGCCCGUCCGCGCCGCGGCAUACUAUCUUCGUGCAUGAGGAGCCGGACCGGCCACAGCCCCGGCUGGACCGCGACUACCAGGCCGGCGCGGGCGUGAACGUCGGGCGUGUGCGCCAGUGCCCGGUGCUCGACAUCAAGUUCGUCGUGCUCGCGAAUAACGUCGCGAUCGGCGCGGCGACGAGCAGCAUCGUGAACGCCGAGAUUGCGGUGUGCAAGGGCGUCAUCUAGGGCGGUUUGGUCAAAGACGAUUAUAGACUGAAAAGCCAAGUACAUGUACCAUUAAUGUCGGGCUCUAGAUAACAUCUACUACACAAGCCAUGUAACACCCGAACCCUACGUACACACACCGUUUGAACAAUCUGUAUAGCUGCUCGAAGUGUGCUUGCGA